AUGGAGGAAGCUCGAGCACUCCUUGAUCAGCUUAUGGGGCGUGACCGUAACGCUACUGCAGCUGCCAAGUCAAAGUCGUCAGAAAACAGGCUAAACUGGCUAACUCAGGAUCAGUACUGCCCCUACUAUCUGGUGGAUUUCUGCCCGAAUGAGCUCUUCGUGAAUACUCGUGCCUAUAUGGGCAGUUGUGGGAAGGAGCAUUGUGAGUACACAAAGUUUCGGUUUGAUCAGAUGGAGGACGGUAGAGAAAAGAGGGAAAUAAUUGACAG